GUUGGUUGAUGCGCUGGCACCAUUCAAGCACUUGCCAUGGCAUACAAAAGCAGCAGCUACGGGACGCAACAUGCUAUGGUGGAGACUGGGCUGUUGUCUGGCGAUCGCGCGUCCAAGACGAAGUCACACGUCACGCGACUCGCCUACUUCCUCCUGCUAAACGCGGUUGCUAUAGCUGUCCUCGUCGUGCUGGGGAUUUCAAUGCACACGUCAUAUGUGCAGCGCGGCGAAGUGUUUCGAGCGUCCCAUGCGCAAACAGCCAAUAUGCAGGCCGCAGCGCUUCGCGUGGAACAAGCGUCGGGAAGAGUAGCUGCCAUCGAUGUGUCGGAAGACGAUCCGAACGCUGCGGUAUCGCCCACGGCGGCAUCGUCCCACUUGGCCGAACUCCAGCGUUUGACGAAACUACUUGGUAGCAUGCCUUUUUCCAUGCUGCCGACUAAGUAUGCCACCAAGCAUGUCACGCCGCACAAGGAUCAAAUCCGACGAGGAACGUGCUGGGACUUUGCCACGAUCAGCUACUUGGAGUGGUCGUAUCGGGCCAACGGCGUCGCCAAGGGAUUUCUCGACGAUCGGGAAUACGUCGCCUUUUCGGAGCAGGCUUAUGGGACUCGUGUCGUGAAUCUGUGUGCCGGACCCAAGACAUCCCCACAACAAGUUGUGUGCCGAGUCGCCGGUGACGAAGUGUGGAACAACUCAACGGAGGGCGGCGAGAGUUCAGCGUUGUUUUACAUGGAGGAUGGGUUGAAGGACUCGAUUCUCCCAGAAGCCGUAUGCCCGUACGUUGGCGCGCACGGGCCGUCCGAAUUGCGCUGCGACGGCAUGGACGAAGCGCUACAAGACAACCCUGUCCGCUUCAACAUGAAGAAAAUGGACACGUUCUACGACGACUUGACGGUCAAGCGAGAGCUGGUCAAGCAGAACGCCGCGCUCGACUUGACCACGUCGCUCGCGUCCGUCGUGCAUUUUCUUCCGUGCUUGCCGGAGUUUUACGAUGCAGGACAUUGCGCUCCCGAGUCGUGCACGUUGUGUCCGGCGUCGUUGCCGCAAUUCAAGUGCUGCAUCCCGCAGUUCAGCAUCAAGGCCAUCAACAUGGAAGGCGAAUACUUCCACGACCACCAAAUGACAUACCUUGGGGGGCAUGGCAUGCUUCUUGUCGGGUACAACGACGCGUUCCUGACGCAAGACGGGCACACGGGCGGGUUCAUCCUCAAGAACUCGUGGGCCGAUGGGGCAACGCAAGGCAGCCACUCGAUCAAGUGGUGGAUGCAGGACAUCUCGGACUGGGAGGAGCGUGUGCUGUGCCCCAACAGCAACAGCCCGAUGAACUUUUACCCGUGCGGCAACGCCCUCGCCGCGUCGACGAUCCCAUCCUCGAUGGACCCGGCGUUUUUGCCAUGUCUGGACCAAAAGACAAUCAUGUUCGCGGACGUGAGCAAGCAAGCCCUGCACCUGAAGUGCACUGACGCCACACAAUGCAACACGGACGUCGCGUACACGUACUUUACGAAAAACUGGACCGACUACGGUGACAAAAUGGUCAAAUUUUGCUUUUGGGAGCUCCACGCGCCGACGAAUGCGACGCGCGCUUUCUGCAUGCGGCCCAACCGCCUCGUCGGCAUUGCCAAGGCCAUGCAGCCCAUGAAAACAUACCCCAACGACAAGGACGUGUGCGGGUUCUACUUUAUGCCGUACGAGACGCUGCGUGUGUACAACGCUCGGUACAAGGGCUUUCGCGUCCACAGUUUCCACCUCGACUGGGACGAUCGAUCGUAUGUGGCCAACAGGGCACGGUAUCCGCAGCACAACUACACGCAGCUCGAGCUGUCGACCAAGACACAGCGCGACACCGCGUUUGCCGGCCCGUUUCCGUUUGCCGAGCACUUGGACUUCCACACUGGCACGAGCGAGGACUAAACCGAUUCCAUGUAAUACCGCGCGCUCUUGUCGA